CGUGCUUCACUGCGCAGCCAGUGCUCGUACAGUUCGAGUCGCGGGCUGUCGUGCUGCUGCUGCUGCCGCUGCAAGCUCUCUUCGGUGAGAAACCUCGUGCGCGGACUAUAUUACUUACACUGUGCUCCCACGUUCGUUCGGGUUCUCGUGAUUUUGUGAGGAAAAGGGCUGUAUAUUUUCAUCGUUAUUGCAUCGGCCUGUACAGUGUGGGGAUGAGCUGUGAUUGAGAAGGAAGAUUUGUGCACUGAUGAGCUGUGCUGGUACGCAAGAUCGCCUGAUUUCACCUGCUCUCGUCGCUACUGCUGUUGAUCGUUUGUCGACGGCCUUAUGAUCGCCUGAAGUCACGGCUGGAUGGGCAGCAUGGAUCGCUCGGGUCUAUCCGGCCCCCGGACGUUGCUGCUCCUGUUACUGCUCGUUGGCGCGGCUACUGCCCUCGACAUACGAUCCUGCAACUCGGCCCUGGGCAUGGAGUCCGGCGCGAUAGCCGACUCGGCCCUCAACGCGUCCUCCUCCUAUGUGACGACCGUCGGGCCACGAUACGCCAGGCUCCGUAAGGAGGCAGCCGGUGGCGCCUGGUGUCCCAAGCGUCAGAUCGAGAGCGGCAUCCGCGAGUGGAUCCUCAUAGACCUGGGCACGACUCACCUGAUCACCGCCAUCGAGACUCAAGGCCGCUACGAUCACGGCCGGGGACAGGAGUACACCGAGAACUACGCCGUCGAGUACUGGAGACCCGGUUUCAGCGAGUGGAAGCAGUACAGGCUCUGGGACGGCACGGAGGUCCUGGCGGGCAACGUCGAUACGUCGACGGUGGUGUCGCGCGAGCUGAUCCCGGCAAUCUUCGCGACGCAGCUACGCCUACUGCCGCACUCGGUACACAAGCGCACCGUCUGCCUUCGCGUCGAGCUCAAAGGCUGCCAGGAUCUCAGUGGUGUGGUGAGCUACACGAUUCCCGAGUCGCCGGUCGCGGAGCUGAACGACACGUCGUACGACGGUGUACGCGAGUACGGUGUCCUGUCGGCUGGCCUUGGCCGGCUGAUCGAUGGCGAGACCGGCGCCGACAAUUACAAGCAGGACAUCGCCGACGGAAAAGGUACCGGAUGGGUGGCCUGGAUGCGCGACAGCUUUUCAGACAAAUACGUCGAGCUGACGUUCCACUUCGAUGGCAUAAGAAUUUUCGAUGCCGUGCACAUCUACACUAACAACUAUUUCACGCGGGAUGUUCAGGUAUUCGCCAAGGCGGAAGUGUGGUUCAGUAGCAGCGGUAAGAUCGAUGAGGCGGAGGAGCCCCUCUCCUACACCUACAUACCGGACACGAACCUGGAGAACGCGCGCAACGUCUCCAUCGCGCUGCACGGCCGACAGGGUAAAGUGCUCAGGUUCCGGCUCUACUUCGCCGCCCGCUGGAUCAUCAUCUCCGAGGUUACCUUCGAUUCCUGGAAUCCGUACGCAAACGCGACGGAAGAGACGGCGUCCGAAAUCAGUAACGAGGACGGCAGCGGCGUCGAGACUGAUAACGUCCUCGUCGCAACCGGUCCGGUCAACCACGAUGCGGAUCUCAACUUACAAACGAUCACAGCGAGGGAAGAAGGCCAGGAAUACGUGGAGGUGCUAAUUGGAGUACUGACAGCGAUAACUCUGCUUCUGCUGCUUGUUUUUAUCAUAAUUCUCCUGCUGAGCAGACGGCAGAAGCUGCAAAGUUCGCCUACGGUACUGAAGAAUCCCUUCGGCUUCGCUAUAAACAUGAAGGGUUUCCUGCUGAAUCUGGCGCCGGGUAGAAUGUUGAACGACAGCGGCCGCGACUCGCCGGAUUUGGAUGACGAGGAGGAGCCCGACGGGCCGGACGAGGAGGAGGAGGAGGACGUCGACGUCGAGCUCGACGGUCUCGACGACGGCGCGGCCAACCUUGUACCACCGGACGACCUCAGCAUGCGCGAAUCCCUCACUACGGAACACUUCAAUUCGCCGCUCGUCGAGUCCCAGUACAAGUCCACCUACGCCAUCGUCGCUAAUACCGACAGCCCUAGUCGAGAGCUUCAGCAGCGACGGGAGGAGCUUCGCUCGAGCAAGAGCUUCGAGAAGGGCUACAACAGCGGCAGUUCUCGUCAGCAGGACUCUUGCAGCCUGACCCUGGCCGGUUCCAGUCGCUCCUGUUCGCCGGUGAGCUCGGCUCACUACUCGCCCUCGACUCGGCACUCGCAGCAUUACAGGACCUUACAGGGCCACACGGCGAGACUCGGAACUGCCAGUCGGGAACAGCAGCAGCAGCAGCAGCAGAGGGAACCUGACUACGCGCACGUCACGCGCUGGAACACCGCGCCGAAGGAGAAGCAUAAGGUACCAGCACCGCUAGUCAAAUGGAACAUCGCGCCGAGCAUGGGCAAGCCUUACAAAUGCAAGGAGAUAGAGCCCGCCAACAUACCCGGACAGUGUCUGCACACAAUGGAGAAACUUGGUUCCGGUCAUAUCGGCGAGGUGAUAGUCUGCGCGGUCCUAGGCCUGCCGGAGCCUGCAAUCUCGAGCAAGUUCGGCACGAACGGCAGCAAUCCCCUGAGGCUGGCCGUCGCGAGGAUACCCAACGUCCCGUGCCACCACGGUUAUCCCGAGGAGAGCGCGGAAGAGACCAACGAAGCUCUCCGGGAAGUUCGCUUCCUCGCGACUCUCACCGAUCCGAACCUCGCGCGAGUCCUCGGCCUCGUCUGCGACGUCGCCGAGACUUCGCGACCCUGGACCAUCAUCGAGUACACCGAGCUCGGCGACCUGGCCCACUACCUGCAGUACAGCGAGCCACUCGUCGGCACGCAGAGACCCAACUGCAGCCUCAAUUUCAUCAGUCAAAACUGCCUGCUGUACAUGGGCACGCAGAUAGCCUCGGCGAUGCGUUACCUGGAGUCGAAGAACCUGGUGCACAAGGACCUGGCCGCGAGGAACUGUCUGCUCGGCAGGUGCUACAGCGUCAAAGUGACGGACAUCGCCAUGUGCAGCGAUCUCUACAAGAAGGACUACAGCGACAUUGGUGGGAGACCGCCUGCGCCCAUCAGGUGGAUGCCGUGGGAGAGCAUACUUCUGGACAGAUUCACCUGCGCCAGUACAGUUUGGUCAUUCGCCGUGACCCUCUGGGAAGUGAUGAGCUUCGCCCGAGAAAAGCCAUUCCAGCACCUCACGAACGAGCAGGUCAUACAAAACGCGGAGCUCAUGUAUUACGGUGGUGAACUGCAAGUCCUCCUGCCGAAACCGAUGAUGUGCCCAGAAGACGUCUACAAGGUCAUGUGCUCGUGCUGGAAGAGAGACGAAUCCGUGCGACCGAGCUUCAGGGAGAUUUACGCGUUCCUCAAGAAUGUUACGGCGGACUACCGACCCGGAGCAUAAUCAUAGAAGACUGUGAUAAACUUUGAACGAUGUGAGAAUUAAAUGAUUCGCUGAUUAUAGAACCUGCGUCGCGUUGCGUGUCAUAUACGGAGAUUCGAGAUAGCGACGACACUGAGAAUCAUACAGGCGAUGUGUAUUAUUAUUACAUUGUAAUACAUACAAGCGAUUCGUACACUGCCUACGAGAGUCGAGAGACGAGCUACGGACUCCGGGCUCUCGAUCCUGCAACCGUACAAUCGUUAAGUUUAUAUACAUAAGCGCGCGAAAUAUUUUGAAAGCCGGCAAACUAGCAAAGCUGCAUAUGUGUAUCCGCGUAUGUGUGUGGAUUUUGCGCAUGUCGGGCGAGAAACGCGUUUUGAGACUUGAUGAUAGCACCUUACGUUGUUUUCUUUUAUUUGUAAGUAUAAACGAGAAUCAAGUGUAUUCGGGUUAAAGAUUUUGGUUCGCUUUGAAAUUUUCGGAAAUUCAAAAAGCCCGGCGCGUUCGCGAGCCGCGUAAUGCGAUGCGUGUGAAUUUAAGGCUGUCGACGCUUAGAAUCGUAGGGACUUCGAGUGCGAAAAAAUGUGUCGCGAAAUGUACAGUAUACUGGUAUAUAUCGUAACGAAAUAAUGUGUACAUCUAUGCUUCUAAAAAAUACAGGUACUGAGACUCCUUGUAAAUAUGAACAUACUGGUUUAAAAUAACACACGAGCAUAGGUUAUGGUUAUUCACUGUUCACGAAAGUUACCCUACUAAUGAGUAAACUUGUAUACUAUAUCAUCGUGAUGAGAAUAAUCCAAGUUAUCUCGGAGUGUGUGAGUAAAGGACGUUCUCUUUUUUUCUUUUUUGUUCUUUGAACUCAAUCGAAUAGAGUAGCUGAAAAUGUAGGAAAAUCAAGAGUGCGAGAGACGUUUUAUAUGAAAAGAACGCAAUAAUAUUUUUGUUUCUGGGAUAAUAUAUAGAGCCGCUACGAGUAUAAGGCAACGUAAAGUCGACGAGCUAAUAAGGUACUUAUCUUUGGAAGAGCUGUACUACAUUCCGAAGUUAAAUAUAAUUGUAAAUAAUACGAAUUCGUUAGCUUUAAUAGAGCGAAAUUUCAUUGUUCUAUUGAUUCACAAUGUAUAGCCGUGUACGCGUGCUAUGACUGAACCCAAAAAUUGAUUAGAUUCUUCAUCUGGAUAAUGGUAUUGUUAUCUGCAAAGUAUUGGAUCAACUUUUAUUUGGUACCAGAGUAGUUUUACGCAAAAAGGUAUUGCAGAGGUAUUCACAGUGUAUAUUGAUUUUAUACAUUCUUCAAUAUAGUGGUCCAUGACUAAGUGCAUAUCGCAAAAUUAUGUUAUGCGGCGAUGGUUGAGCUUCAACAACUGUAUGAAUAAAGUUUAGAUAAUAAAAGACGUCGUAUAUUGUUA